AUGGCUCAGAGAAGAUAUACUUUUGACGAAAUGUGUUAUUCCGUAGCCAUGUGCAUUCGUGAACUUGGAGGAGAUAUUAGGCAAUCAACGAUCAAAAACUUUUAUAAUAGAAGUAGUAGUUGUAAAUCAAGUACUGUGGACCAAAUUGGUUCAUGGAUAGAUAUUUAG